AUGCAAGAAAUGGAUUUGACACCUAUAACUCUGCCUGAACUUUCCUUGAUCAGUGGCUCUAUGGUGACUUUCGAAUGUGACCAGGAGAACCGAAAGAAAAACGGGAAGAAGAAAGAAGAGGUCGAAUUUGUUGAAUGGUUUGUGAAUGGAAAACGGAUCGAUCCAAGUUGGUUUGAUUGGAGGGUUUCAGUUUCAAUCGACGGAAAAUUAGGUGUUUGGCCGAUCGGGGUAGAUGACAGUGGUCACUUCGAGUGUUUGGCUGAUGGACAGCUUAAAUCAUCUGUGACAGUGAAAGUUAUUCCUGUUUCUACUGUUCUCAUAAGUGGACUCUUCAAUUAUUUAUUCGUUUGUGCAGUUUUCGCAGUGGCCACCACGUCGAUAGGAUGUUUACUAGGAAACCGGAAUCAAGAGAAAAAAGAAGUAGAAGUAGAUCGAAUGGAAGAUUUUCUCGCUGAAAAUGUGUUCAAAACCGACCAAAUGGCCAAGGAAAGAGUAGCUAAAUUGAUAGAACAACAAGGCAUGGUUGACGAACAACAUUUGAUAGAAAAUAAGGCAAAAAGCAAUAGAUCAACUAUCAUGAUUCUGCUUCAGAAACCUCAGAUGAAAAAUCUGAAAAAUCAAAAUGCCAAUAAUACAACUUCGACAGAUACUGGUACAGAAGGAACAUCCACUGGAAAAUCUUCGGAUACUAAUGUAACAACUACAGGGACCACGACCGGAACUACAACAGUGGAAACUGAACUAGGAACCACGGUCAUGAAAACCGAUGAAGAACAAAUUGGAGCAAGUCAAGGAGAGGCACUUCCUGAUGAAGAAUCUGAAGAAGACGAAGAAGUUGGAGCAGGUGCAUCUUCGAACGGUUCAACUGGUACAAGCAACGCUUCGAAAGGAACCUCGAAGGGCAACAAAACUAAAAAAGCGUCAAAAGAUAAGAAAAAUCGAAAAACUACGAAAAAAUCUGCUGGAAACGGGAAGAAAAAUGUAAAACAGGCUUCGAAACCUAAAGAAGCCGCAAAGGGUGCUGUCAAGAAUACGAAGAAGAAAACAGUGUCAAAACCAGCACCGAAGAAGAAGAGAUAG